AUGGCGAACACAGAGCCUGUCCACUUUUUCGACAUCAUCUCCACCCUGCCAGGUCCAUUGAAAUCAUGGUCUCCCAACACUUUAAAAGUCCGGACGGUGCUUAACUUCAAGCAAAUCCCGUAUACCCAAAGCUGGAUUUCUUACCCAGACAUCGCACCCUUGAUGAAAGGAUUCGGUCUCGAAGCCUACGAGACCGGAUUUGCAUACACCCUCCCUGCAAUCGUGCACAGUUCCGUCCCCUCGCCUCAAGGCGCAAUGAUGGACUCGCUCCCCAUUGCCGAGCAUCUGGACCGCGUGUUUCCCGAUCGCCCAUUGUUCCCCUCCGGUGACGCCAGCUAUGCGCUUUAUCUGGCCGUCAGUCACCUCGUCAUUGGGGCCAUAGGACCGGGGAUCCGGACCCUGAUCAUUCCACGGGUGCCGGAUCAUCUUGAUCCACGAGGACAGGAGUACUUUGUGCGAACAAGGACCGAGAGCUUCGGGAUGCCGUUGGCGGAGGUGCGGCCUAAGGAGGAGGAAGAGAUUGCGAAGAUUUGGGAGACGAUGGAGAAGGGCUUUCCGCCGCUAAUUCGGGCGUUGAAGGGGCGAGAGGGGAAAAAGGGACCUUUCUUUGAAGGCGAGACGGCUGGGUAUGUAGAUCUGUUUGUGGUGAGCAUUUUCGCGUUUCUGCAUCGGUUCGAUCGUGAACUUUGGGAGAAGGCUAUGGGACAGGGCGAUGGCGAGUUGCGCGCAUUGUGGGAUGCUUGCUUGCCCUGGCUGGAGGGACAGGGUGAGGAAAAGGAGUGGCCGAUUCCGAGUGCUUGA